AAAUCAUAAUAAAUUCGGAAUUCAGGGUUUAAUAAAUUUCGGUUUACAUAGAUGAAUAAUCGGUUCAGUUGAGAGUCGUGUUUUGUUUAAAAAAAUGGGGAGAACAGAGACCGGCGACGAAUCGUCGGCGAGAAAGAUGCGACGUAAAGUACCCACGUCGAUCGAAUCUCUAGACGCCGAUAUACUGUGCAUCAUCUUCUCUUUUCUUGAUUUGUUCGACCUCGUUCAUUGUACCGUCGUCUGCAAUUCCUGGAAUGCUGUUAUCAAAAGGCUGAAGCUGCUACAAGCUUCUUGCCGGAAGAUGCACCAUCUCGGUUCCGACUCUCCCAGUAGCUCCACGUCACUUGAUCGUCCAGCUGAGAUAGAUGUGGAGGAUUUUGCGAUGAAGCAUCACAAGAUGGCAUUGUUAAGGGGUCGAAUCGAAAUUGAGCGAUGGGAAGCUCAUUCUCACCGGGUUUCUCAGUGUCGAAUGAAGAAAGGUUUGCUUCUUACUGGUGUCGGUGAUAAGGUUAUGCGCCUCUGGUCAUUAAAAAGCUACAAAUGCAUGGAAGAAUACUCCCUUCCUGAUGCUUCUUCCUUGAUUGACUUCGAUUUUGAUGAGAGUAAGAUUGUUGGCUUGGUUGGUACCCGCAUUAGCAUAUGGAGGAGAAAUGGACAAAGAAGCAUUUUUCCAUCUCGUGCAGGCACCUUUCCUAAAGGCCUUUGUAUGCGUUACAUUGACCCAGAAGCUGUAGUUGGAUGCGAGGAUGGAACAGCUCGUGUAUUUGAUAUGUACAGUAAGACAUGUUCACAGAUCAUUAGGACUCAGGGUGGGCCAAUAACAUGCUUAUCUCUAAGCGAUAAUCAACUAUUUCUUAGUGGGUCGUCACUCGGGAGAGUAACAGUAUCUGACCCUUUGAUGGAUCAACCAGUGGCCACUCUUAAAUCCACGAUAACUGCAGGAGGUAUACAGACAAUCUGUUUUAACCAAGGCACUAAUCUCGCCUUCAUUGGAACAACUGGUGGAUAUGUUUCAUGCUGGGACCUCAGGAAAAUGGAUAGAUUGUGGGAAAAACGAGUGAGUCCUAAUGUCGUGUACUCAAUACAACAGCUAAGGAAUGACACAUCGGUUAUGGUAGCUGGUGGAAUAGACGGUGUGCUGCGUAUGAUUGAUCAGAAGAGUGGAAGGGUUUUAUCUAGAGUUAUAAUGGACGAUAAAUUCUCCACAACAUCAACAAGGAACAACCAAGUGGUGAUAGAGAAAAGAAGAGGAAAAAGAGUUUCUCAAGACAUGGAGAUUGAUAAAAUCGAAAGGAAAGUUCGGCCUCAAAUCAGUUGCAUAGCAAUGGGGAUGAAGAAGAUGGUAACGGCUCACAAUGGUAAAUGCAUAAGUGUAUGGAAGUUCAAUCUCUCGUAAAGUAACAAUAAACUUGUUUGUAAGUG